AUGAUUGGAGCCUAUCUCAAUAACUACAUUCUAGUUAUGUUACUUGUAACGUGUGUAAGUUCUGGAACUGGGGAUCCAAGAGAUGCCGAGGAGGGGUUUGGAGCUGAAACGGUCCCUUUGGCGUCACACCUGCGUCAACCACUCCCAGGUGUGAAGCCAAUGCUUGAACGAGGAAAGCAUGGACGAGGACACAAAUUAAAUCUGGAUGAGCAGUCAAAACCACCAGAAGGGCACUCCAUGGCCCCACUUGUUGUUAGAAAAUCUGUGAAAGUGACGUUCAGUACAGAUAAAGCUGAAGAAAAGCCAAAGUUAGAACCACCAUGGAAGAAAAAUCUUUUUGAAAGAGUAGAUGCAAGAGCCCAGGAAAUGCAGAAGAAAAUAAUAAAAGAAGAUAAUCUGAAGAAGGAGCUAGAAAAAAAGACGGAAAAGAAAAUCCUUAAGGAUAGUUUGGCCAAAGAGUGGUUUGAUACUGAAAGCACAUCACUGAGUACUCGGGCAUAUUUGCUUGACAAACUUUUACCCACAUUAGUUCCCGGAGUGGAAAAAAUGUUAAUGCAAGUAGAAAAGAAGAAGCUUUUAGAAGCUGAUACUCCAACCAAGUUUGAUCCAAUAAACUUUCUGGGAGAAUACUUAAUGAGAAACAAUCCCAACUAUAUUAAAGACGAAAUGUCAGGUUAUCAGAGGGUGAUGAAAGAAGUCGCAGAAGAUCUGAAGGUCUAUGUUCCUGACACGACCAGCAACAGAGUAUCCCAGAUAAAAGAGAUUGUUAAACAGAAACGAGAACAAAGAGAUGAUAUAAACAAAGUCAAAACCAAGGUGGCCAACACGCGAAGGCAAGCACUGGAGGAGCAGUUCAGUGAGUGGAUUCUAGACCCCAAUGGAAUGAUCCCGAUGGCAGUGGUUCAGAAUGUUCUUCAUGAGUUUUUUCAAAAUCCAGAUUUCCAGCUUGGUAAGUCUGCCUAUUACUUGGAGAUUAUUGACUCAAUGGAACCAAGAUUGAACAAAAAGGAAUUUAUUGAAUACAUCUCUUCACACAUUGUGAACUUUAAAAGUGAAAUGUUUGAGGAAUUCCUUCGGCAUCUUUGCCACUAUGCAGAUGAGUUUCGGCAGACCAUAAAAGUGGACAUGCGGAGGCAGAUGUUUGCUGAACUCUUCCUGUAUUGUGACCAUGGAAAGGUGGGGUUUUUGAAUCGGCAGAGGACAUUGGCAUUACUGGAAAUAUUCUAUGACCAAAGUCCAAAAACGAUUAGGACAUUACUCCGAAACCCAAGGCAAUGGCCACUUAUUGAAUUUGAAGAAAUGGGCUUGCCUGAGUUCUGGGGAGACAUGGAUAACCAGAAUCACAUUUAUGAAGACUUUGACGAUAUGAUCUUAAAGAUGAAUACAUUAGUGUCUGAAAAGCAUACUAGCAAAGUGCAAAGCAAAUUGUUAGAAGAUCAACAAAUCCGUGAUGAACAGACAAAAUCACCACCACCACCAAAGUCACCCGUAGAGCAAAAGACAACUGCAGAACCACUGCAGGGACCACCAGUAAUAGAACAGGACCCUCAUACAGGGACAACUCCUGAAGAAAGAGCCAGUGGAGAGUCGAUUACAGAACAAAGUCAACAAAGAGAGCUGAUUACAGAACAAGAACCACAGAGCCUGUCGACUUUCGAACAUGAAACCGGAGUAGAAUUAACUGCAGAACAAGAAAUCCCGAAAGAACCAAUUGUAAAACAAGAAUUUCACAGACAAUCAAGAACAGCACAGAGACCAUAUCAAAAGUCGAUGACAGAAGAAGAAUUACUCAGCGAGUCAGUGGCAGCAGACCCACGCAGCAGAGAGUCAAUUGCAGAAAAAGAGCCACCUGAGGGGUCCGUGAUACCAGGAUCACACAGAGGGUCAACCGCAGAACAAGAACCACGCAGAGAGUCAGUGGUACAACGAGGGUCAAUAAUAGAACAAGGAUUAUCCAUAGAGCCAGUCCCAGAACAUCAGAACUUACACUCGACUUCAAGUACAAAAAUGAGAGAGGUUACAUCCAAGUCCAUGGCAAUCCCUCCACAGGAAGAGUUGUUCCAGAGGCAAACAUAUAAAGAGGACCUGCCUAUAAGUUCUGAACUGCAAGAAAUUCCAACAUCAAGUAGAAAAGAUGGGCUUUCAGAAAUUGCAAAGAAAGUUCAGAAACAACAAUCUUGUGAACCCAAGUCGCCGCAAAUAGAAGGAAAGUCAUGGUCAGGUACAUUUUUUACUUGUAAGUUGAAGAUGAAGUACCCAAAAGUUGAAGAUGGGGAACAGGCAAACUUAAUCUAUGGUCACCCCAGAUUUGCAGAGCUACACCCAAUUAUCAGAAAUAUUCAGGAGAUGAAGGAAGGAAAUGGCAGGUUUGCCUUUGAUGGUGCUUCCCUCCGUCUGCUCCAGUUCAUGCAACUCCUAGAGACGUUUGUUGGUGAAGAGACCUCCCUGAAUGUCAGUGAGAACCUCGCCUCGUUUUUAAAGCAGCACUAUGUUGAAACGAAGGAAGAGAAAAUCAGUGCCUUAGAACAGAGUAGGCAAAAGGCUUCAAGGGUUCGAAAGGGACUGCUACUAGAAGCCCUCUUUCAGAAGUGGGACUGCGAUAGCUCAGGCUUCCUGGAUCUGAAUGAAGUUGAUGAACUCUUGUUCACAUAUAAGGAAGGAUUGGAAAAAGAAUCAAUGAAAAAAGCUAAACUGCAUAUCCAAUUUCCAAAGGCACAUCCCGGUCAGGAAGUGAGAUUGUCCUCAAAACAGUUUCAGAACUAUAUUGAGUUGGUUGUCUCUGAGCUCAGAGGCAAUGAAAAUGAGGUUAUGGAAAGCGUUGUGGAGUUUCUGAUGAAUGCUUUGGAGAGGAGCCACAAGGAAAAUCUGAGGAAUUCUGCCAGGCGAAAGUGGCUUCAUCAAAUCCAACGUGCUGCACAGACCAGUGGGGUAUCUGUGGAACCAGUGUACAGUGAGACUUUUAAGGCCCUCAAUCAGGAUGCUGAAGCCCAUGGAAAUAAGAAGAUUAGUGCUCACAUUGCUCUCUUAGAAGAAAAUGAACUGCUGCCUGAUAGAGGCAAUGUUCUGCUAAGGAAUGUGGCCUGUACCAUAGACGAUGCUCCAUUUGUUCUGAAUAAAGUACUCUACAGGGACAUGAAAGGAAUUAGCUUCACAGUUAUAGAUGAAGGGAAGCCCGUCCAUGUCCCUCAAGUUCAGCACCAUGGGAACAUCUUCUUCUGGAACCACACUCGCCACAAGAAUGAUUAUCAUGGGUCCUUCUUGGCCCUGCCUCUUCAGGAUGCACACAUGAGGAUCUUUGGGGUCCUAGCUGUUGACACCCUAAGAGAUCCUCAGGAAAUAAACAUCUUCUUGCCUCAUGAGAUCAAGUUUUACCAGGGCGUUGCCAACGUCUUCAGCGCUGCCUAUCAUUAUGUGCACAGCCGGGAGCACAUCCUGCAUGUUAUCAUCACCGGCACUGGCUGGCUCUAUGGCAUCAUGCCCAACAUCAACACCAUCACGACGUACCUUGUUGAGCUUGGCCCACAACAGAAUUCGGACUACGUGUUACGCUGUAUGAUGGUUACGGGACACCUUGGCCUGACAAAAAUCCACACCAACCGCCCCGUCAUCGUUAGGAAGACUUGUAUCUUCAGAGACUUCCUCUUCCAGUGUAUAGACAGUUCAGAAGUUAUUGUGGCCUCUGCCUGCGGAGAAACCCACAUCAUCAUUCCACUUCGAGAGAGAACCGGAGAGGCUCUGGGAGCCAUAGAUGUUAACAUUGGCCGGAGUAGGAUGUUGCUGUACCAAGAAUAUAAAGAUCUACAGAAAAUGAUAAAGGUGGUCCAAGCUGCCUGCUAUGAACUACUGGGCGAGCUCUCUGGAGAGAUAAAGAUAAAAUAUGUCUUAGAGAUUGAACAUCUAGGGGAAGUCCAGCGGGCAGGAAUUCUCUUCUUCCGAAUCAUGCUGCAGGAGCUCCAGGAGAGCAUCCAACAACUUAGCUCCAUGGACAUUGUGUCACUGUUGAUGUAUGAUCAUAAUUUGCGAAGGUCCUUAUUUUCCCAAGAUGAUUCUGACCAGGACCAGAACACGGAAGCCAACACAAAGCUCGUGCGUGAUAUCCUACUGGGUGCUAUCUUGUUCGUCCAUCCAGAGUUGGAAUUCUCCAGUGACUAUGAGGACUGGGAUAAGUGUAAACUGUACGUGAACAAAAGUUUAAUGGAGAGUAUUUGUACCUUUGACCCAACGUCCAGCAAUGUGGGUGUUAAUUUACAGCUCAUUGACAGAUAUGUCAAAGCUCAUUCUCGAAUUGAAGUAUGGAAUUUUGGUCAGAUUGUCAUCGAAUACCUCUAUCAUUGGACACACACCUGUUCAACCCUAAUAGGGCUAAACAACAAACUGGCUAGUAGGCCGCCAUUGCCCUCCAAGACUGACUCCUAUGUGUAUGCCAAGAUGCCAGAGAAAGACUAA